GCAUCCCCAUCCCCCACCCAGUGACCGUCUCUCCGGGUGAAAGCUGUCUCCUUCUCCUCAGCGCAACUGGCCCCCGACAAAACGCUGCCGUAGCACAGCCAGUCCACACCGAGCCGAGCAGACACACGGGAGAGAGCACAUACGCACCACCGGAGAAUCUUGUUUUAUUUUUUCCUCAAUUCUUCGACCGAGUGACUUCGAUUUGCAUAUCCACUUCCACUCCUUCCUCAUUUGCAUACAGCAAGAAUGGCGAGCGGGCAUCCCACAGACAAAUUCAGUUUCAUGUAUCAACCAGACACGCACAAGAGUAAGAACCGAUUAUCUUCAGCUAUGAAUCCAGUCUACAGCCCUGUUCAGCCUGGCACCCCUUAUGGAAACCCAAAGAACAUGGCGUUCACAGGUUAUCCAGGAGGGUAUCCUGCCGCGGCUCCCACCUAUACCCCCAACCUGUAUCAAACAGGUAGUCCUGGGUAUCCACCAGGAUACGCUUCAGCAGGCACCCAAUACAAAGUGCCACCCACUCAGUCAAAUGGAGCACCCCCUCCCUACACCCCGACCCCCACCCCAUACCCAACAGCUAUGUACCCUAUCCGCAGUGCCUACCCUCAGCAGAACCUAUACGCACAGGGAGCGUAUUACACCCAGCCUGUGUAUGCGGCUCAGCCACAUGUGAUCCAUCACACCACUGUUGUGCAGCCCAACAGCAUGCCCUCCACAGCCCUCUACCCGGCCCCGGUCCCUGUACCUAACCCUCGCAACAAUGGCAUGGCUGCCAUGGGAAUGGUCGCAGGGACAACUAUGGCGAUGAGUGCAGGGACCCUGCUGACAACGCCCCAGCACCCCCAAAUGGGAGGACACCCAGUUACUGUGCCAACCUACAGGCCCCAAGGGACACCUGGGUACAGCUACGUACCACCUCACUGGUAGAGCCCAUCAAUCAUGUCUGGAGUCCACCAUCGUAUGCAACUGCUCAAAUCUUACACGGGCUCCCGCUGGUAACCACGGGAACUCCGCACCUGUCUGCAAGAACAAAACUAAAGUGCAACAGCCACUUUACCCUUAUUUUUGUUGUUAUUAUGCGACAUUCUCUUAACAUUCUUUCAAAAGCUGCUUUUAUUUUUUUAUUUCUCUAUUCAUUUGCCAACAGUCAUUACUUUAUUUUGUAUGGGUUAUUUUUUUCCUUUUUUUUUUCUCGGGAACUCCAGAAGGACUCUUUGACCAAUCACAGGUGUCGGUUGCUCCUGUUUCUGUGUUGUGCUGGUGUGUGUGGUCCCGCCUGCUGCUGCUCAGUUGGCUGGAUAAUAUUGGGCACUUACUCCUUGUUAUCAUCUCUCAUCAUUCACUACAAAGACUUACUGACUUAUGCUGCCAAAUUUUCUAACGACUAGAUAUCAGCACAGGGUUUUAACAUAAUUAGGAUUUUUGGGGGGGGGGUUAUUUAAUUUUUCGUUUUUACCACACUCAACUGGUUUGCUUAACCUUUCCUGUAGACUUCUUAUUUUCUACCUUGGUCAUUCCUUCCACUUCAUCCUUUAUUUUAUCUGAUUUGUUUCAUUUUUUAUUUCAAUCUCGGUGGUCUUCCAGCAUGUAGCUGUCUGUCUGGCCGUAGUCUGUCAGUCACCGUCGUCCUUUCUUCUCCAUGUGAGCUGCUGUGUUGUUAGGAGCAGAGCACUUGCUGCCCAUCGCCCACCCAGGUGCGUGUCCCAGCCUGUCCACGUUAGCUUAGCACCUAGCACAUACAGAAGAAAACACCGCCUUCUUCAUGCUGCAUACUAUGCAGGCUAGUAUGCUGUGACACAAAUGGAAUCUUUACCUAGAGCUAGAGAACAUGUCAGGGUUGUUCGGGUCCUCAAGCUUUUUUUACUGUGGUUAGCGUAGGUGAACGCAUUAAGAAAAAGCUAAAUAUUAAUUCUAACCGUGUCAACAGCAUGGGUGGUCGUACACACGCACACACUGACUCCUGCAGUGUGUUGGAAAACACAUGAUCACAUAGUGGCACUUACUGAACAGCACCUCCCAGUCCAACACAAGCAUACACACGGGUUUCUAGGGGUGUGGAUUGCAGACACAGCCAGCAGAGAAGGAGUUUAAAGGGAUUGUGUUGGCACCAGGAAAGCAGGACAAAACUGAGGAGCAGGCAACCAUGGAAGGAGGAGGAGGAGGUGAUGACGUUCACAGUCAGUUGUUUCAUUUCAAAGUACAAGACAUUUGAGUUGGUAACAUCUUACUUGCGAGAAACUGCUGUCACAUUCUGCAAUUUUUGCACAAUAUGUAUUGAUUUCUCGUUGUGAUCAUUUCAUGUCCUCCACCUCCUCGAUUCCAGACCAGGACUAAUAACCAAACAGAAAAGACAGAUUGUUCAAUUUAAAAUGCACCAUUCAAAUGUGUUUCUGUGGAUUCACUCCAUUAAUCCGUUUGGCAGUGCUCUGAAAAGGCCGAACAAAUUAGAUUUAAUGGAUCAGGUGCUACAUAAGGAAGUCAGGAGGCUGUAUACACCUGGUCUGUGUCGUAUUCGCAGCUUGGAAUUCUCAGAAAUUGGGGCCAAAUUUAAACUCUGUUGCUGAUCGAGAGCCAAAAAUAGACUGCAAUCAAAAAGCAGGGUUGUUUGUGUUUUAAUUGCUGGAGCUUGAAAUUGUGACGACUCUGCGUCUCUGUCACUUCAUUUGAACCCAGUUGGCUUCUCUUGACAGGAGGUAAAGAGCCACGCGACCUUCAAGGGGCCAGUAAGUCACUUUGAGACUUUAAGCAGUAUUAUGAGAAAAUAAAAUUAUUUUGUAUACCGUGUUUAUUCUGCCGGAGUCAGAGAUUUACACAUAUUUGGUUUUACUGACUGCAUUUCAACAGUGCUCUUCAUUCUUUACAACAACAACCUUUAUUUUAUGAAAAGUCAUUUCAUGGGCACAAUAUUACAGCCAGUGAGAGCUUGAUCAUAUACAGCUGGUUUUGUUCACGCUAAGGUGUCUACAUCCUAUAGUAUGAUGAUCACUCGCUGAGUCUUGUUUAUUGGUCCUUUGCUGGAGGACAUAUACGGUGCGGGGUUGUGGUGGUGCUGGGGUUGAUUAUCAGGGGAGGCCUGUGGCAUAAAAAAAUAAAAAUAAAACUCAAAAAAAGUAUAUAAAAAAUAAAAAAAGAUCAAAUCACAACUUCUGUAGAGGACAGGUUGGUUUAGCAAAAGCAUUUACUGUGCUGGUAUGUAGAUGAAGUGGUUUGAUAAUGCAAUAAAACGAGGGAAUGCCUCCAGCUGUUUAACACAGUAAUUAUUUUAUCAGCGUUUUGAAUUGAUUUUUGAAUAAAAUGCUUAUUGUUGUAAUCUCUAAAUAUGGAUCACAGGCUCUGUAAGCAGCCUCCAUUCAAUAAUUAUUACACUUAACUGCUAAGAAGAGUAGAACAUAUCAGAAAUGUGGGAUAAUGAAUAACUUUGUGAGGAAAUAUUGCACAACACAAGAGAACUUGAGGACUUCAAUUUAAUGCUAAGUUACAGGUACCUAGGCAAUGUAGUGCAAAUGGGAGGAAGAAGCAAUUUAUAUUGUAAUUUUUAAAUAUAAACCAAUAAGAUCGAGUGUUUUGAGGUAUUCUUAGUCCAGAUGUUUGUACACUAGUAGGUUAAUUCUCAAGAAAAUACUCAAUAAUGUUGCUGUCGGAUGGAAACUGUUUAUCUUUAAGCCUUAUCUUAAAUGAUGACCCCUGUAUUUUAGAAGACAUGAAGUGGUUGUUAUUGACACGAGGGUCAUCAAACGUUCCCACCACGUAUGGAUCGGAGAAAAUACAGAAGCUAGAUUUUCUUGCGACAGCAGUAAAAUUACUUGUCAUUAGGAUUUAUUUAACUAACCACUACUUCUGUCAGUACUCUCCAUUUGUUUUAGGUUUUUUAAACGUUAUUUUUGUUUUUUUUCCUCAUUUCCCUCUGGUCAAUUAAGCAUAUUGGGUAUGCAUAAUAUUCAGGUGUAUUUAACUAUAGCAUUGGAUCUCUAAGUAAAAAAAAAAAAAAAUGCAGUAUAUUUAUACAGCAAGUGGUACAGUAAUGUAUUUCUAGCUAAGCAUGG